AUCCAGCAGGUUUUUCUCAACAACAGCAGCAGAAUCUGUGUCAAACACUGAGUGUAGAUAUGUCUGCUGCUGCCAGCUGUCUGCUGACUGAAGAUCAGUUUCUGUGCUCCAUCUGUCUGGAUGUGUUCACUGAUCCAGUCGCCAUACCAUGUGGACACAACUUCUGCAAAACCUGCAUCACUGAACACUGGGAUAAAAAUGUUCCAUGUCAGUGUCCCAACUGCAAAGAGGUUUUUGACUCAAGACCUCAACUGCGGAUCAAUACUUUCAUCUCUGAGAUGCUCAGUAAGGAAGAUGCAGACAGAGAUAUAGCAGAUGGUGUUCAGGUCUUCACCGCUCUGAAGGAGUCUGUUGAGAGAAGCCAGGCCGAGCUCAUCGACACGAUCAAAGAGAAGCACAGAAAGACAGAGAAACAGGCUGAAGGCUUCAUCAAAGAGCUGGAACAGGAAAUCUCUGAGCUGAAGAAGAGAAGCACUGAGGUGAAGCAGCUCUCACAGUCUGAAGACCACCUCCACCUCCUCCAAAGCUUCACCUCCCUGAACGCUGCUCCACCCACCAAAGACUGGACAGAAGUCACCGUCCAUCGAUCUUCAUAUGAUGGGACUGUGCGGACUGUUUUGAGAGUUGUGAAUCAGCUGGAGGAGACGCUCAGUAAACAGAUGAAGAAGCUGUUUGAGGCUGAGCUGAAGAGGGUCCAGCAGUCUGCAGUGGAUCUGACACUCGAUCCUGAUACAGCACAUCCCAAACUCAUCCUGUCUGAUGAUGGAAAACAAGUUAAACAUGGUGAUGUAAGGAAGAAACACCCAGACAAUCCAGAAAGAUUUGAUAUUUGUCCCUCUGUCUUAUCAAAGCAGAGUUUCUCUUCAGGAAGUAUUUACUACGAAGUUCAGGUUAAAGGGAAGACUAAGUGGGAUUUAGGAGUGGUCAGAGAGUCGAUCAACAGGAAGAGAAAAAACAUAGUAAAUCCUCAGAAUGGUUACUGGAUGAUGUGUUUGAGGAAUGAAAAUGAGUACAAAGCUUGUGCUGACCCUGUAGUUCGUCUCUCUCUGAAGUCUCGGCCUGAGAAGGUGGGGGUGUUUGUGGAUUAUGAGGAAGGUCUGGUCUCCUUUUAUGACGUUGAUGCUGCAGCUCUUAUCUACUCCUUUACUGGCUGCUGCUUCACUGAGAAAAUCUACGCAUACUUCUGUCCAUCUCUCAAUUAUGCUGGUAAAAACUCUGCCCCUCUGAUCAUCUCUCCUGUCAGUCACACUGAGUAGAACAACCAUUUGAUUUCUCCUGAAACAUUUACUUUCAUUUAAUAUAAUGUAUAUUACUGGUGAUAUUUUUUCUGUAAAUAGUUAUCUUUGAUGUGUCAAAUUAUUACAACACAGCGAUAUUAUUACACUGAUAUUUUCAAAUGGAGAUUAAUCCAUUAUACUGAGUGCAUUAUCUUCCUUCAAUACUGUUAAAACAAAAACAGUUCUCUCAGAAAUAACAAUCAUUCACACGUUCCUUAAAUUUCUGGGUGCUAAAUUCAAAACCUUCUGUUUUA